AUGCAUGCGAAGAUUGUCAACGGCUCUUUCGCAGACCGUCUGAACUCGAGAGACAUUGGGCGGACGUUCACCACCCAUCGCCGUUGUGGUUAUGGUGUGAUCGGUGUUUGUGGGGCUCCAAACAUCGCUCCAGUCUGCCAUGUGGCGGGUCGACAUGGAAUGGGAAAACGGAUGUCGAAAGAAGUGGGUGAUGAUGCGGAAAAGAAAGCAAAGGAAAGAUCGCGAUUUGUGAGGGAGAAGAAGGAUGAAAGGAAGAUGACGAAGAUGAUGGAAUUGAAGUCAAGAAGAAAUUAUGAAGAUUAUAUAAAAGAAAACAAGCUCGAAGAAGAUGAGCAAGAGCCAGAGGCUGUACAGCACUCAAUCGAUCUCUUGUGCAUUCAGUUUUCACAAAUAAAGAUUAAUUGA